GUUGGGAACACUGCCAACCUGCUACCAAGCGAUGCGUAAAAUACCACAGGGAUCGAGGUGACAGGAAGGAACGUCAAGGUAGUAGAGUAAAUAAAUAUCGAAGUUGUCAUAGAGAGAUAACAGGAAGGAGAAGAAAAAAGUAAAGGUUAAAGCGAAAGAUUGUUUAAUAAAGUUAAGAUAAAUUCAGUUGAAAAGCGAAGUGUUUGUUGGAAAAAUUCUAAUAAAGUAAGGAAGCGGAGUCAGUGCAGGUUGUUUCUGACAGGCACCUAUCGAUUGAUAGUUAAAAAUCAACAAACAACUCUAGUGGACGGAAGGACUGUCUGAGACGAUUCGAGAAUUAAAGUCGAGAGACAUUAAGUCUGUGGAAUAUUCGGACAGAGCACAAUUAAAAUCCGUGAGUUGCGAGAGAAGCAUUGUUUGAAAUUUUAAACUAAGGUACUAAAUAAUCGAACACUAUCCAGGUACGAACUACAACUACAUCGAAAGUUAGGUUAGCACGAGUACAGUCAGUAGGACGAAAACGUGUAACGCUAAUCGUGAGUAAACGCAAAUGAAAUUACUAGAUACAACAUAUUAAAAUAACAUAAAAUAUUGGCUAGGGUGGUUAAUUUAACAUCAAAUUAAACAAUCAUAAAUCAGGAGUAUUUGGAAGAGUUAAAAAUACACGAAACACUAAUUGUAAGUAGUAAAACCAUUUAACUAUAAUGUCUCGAUAAAUUGUAACCAAAAUUUUAAAUACAAUUUAGCUUUGAUCGGCUAGUUAAACGUCGAUUGUCAAGGAGGUUUCAUUGUUCGGUCCGAACAAAAUCAAAGAAUUAUUUCGGAUUGGAUUUGCUCUUCGCAGAAUGACUUCACGCAAUUCCAAGAUUGUUGGGGGCCACGACGAGGAGGCCUAUUCGGAAUGUUUAUAUUGUAAUAAAUGCGAGUCGGACGAUGUUGACUGGGUUCAAUGCAAAACUUGCGAGCGAUGGGCUCAUUUUUCCUGUGCGGGCGUGGAUGAGAGCGUCGUUGAAGUUGAGUGGGAAUGUUCGCGAUGUGAUCGGCCAGUCGAUCAACAACUAACCGUUCCAAAAACGUCUAAGACGCGGUCUAAAACUAGAGCCGGAUCGAAAAGCGAAGGGGGGUCUGUUCGCGGCAAUGGGUCUGUUUCCGAACUGACUGAUCAGCAGUUUGAGGAAGAACAACUCGCGCGUGAAAGAGCCUUUGCGAAGCAAAUGGAGAUUCGGGAAAGUAGACUACGUAGGGAGAUGGAAUGGAAUGCAAAGCAGUUGGAGAUGGAAAGGAACAUGCGAAAAAGGGAACUCGAGGUGCAACGUAUGAUGCAGGAAGAAAAGCUCAAGCAGGAACAAGAUCUGUUGAACGCGCAGUUAGCAGACGAACAAGCAUUUUUAAAGCAGCGGAAUGAAAUUCGAAGUAAACUGAACAGCAGUAUUCAAAAGGUUAAGUCAUAUAUGAACGAAGAGGGUGCUGUAGGCGGUACGUCGGAACAAACACCUAACAAGGUGACUUCGUGGCUACAUAGUCAAAGAAAAUCCGUAACAAAUAGAACAGCUAAUCGCGGGGCCGUGGAAAAAGUUGAAAAUCCGUUAGUAAGGCCAUCUUUAUCGGUUGCUGAAGAUGAAGUGAGUCAGUACGAUGAUUCCGACAGUGACGGGGAUGGAAGACAGGACUCAGACAAGAGUGAGAGCAUUGGAAAAAAUUCACUGGCGGCAGGCGAAUCUCACCGAAGCCAAAGCGGAUUUGAGAGUCAAGCUUUCAGGCUGACUCGGGAGCAGAUCGCUACCAGGAAGGUGAUAUCAGGACACUUACCCAAAUUCAAUGGAGACCCAGAAACAUGGCCGUUGUUUAUAAGCAGCUUUGAGAAUACAACCAGGGCUUGCGGCUAUUCGAACAUCGAGAAUUUGGAUCGUCUGCUAAACAGUUUGGGAGGAGAAGCGCUAAAUGCUGUCAGAAGCAUGUUAGUGCUCCCGGAUUCUGUGCCGGAAGUUAUUCGAGACCUUCGUAGGUUAUUUGGCCAGCCGGAAAAACUGCUAAGAACGUUGUUGAAUAAGGUCAAAAAUGCACCUCCACCGACGACGGAGGAUUUGAAAACUUUUGUCAGGUUUGGCAUAACGGUUAAACAACUCUGUGACCAUUUGGAAGCGGCGCAUCUUAGUGACCACCUGCGGAAUCCUUUGUUAGUGCAGCAACUUGUAGAGAAGCUGCAACCAGAAUACCAAAUGAAAUGGGUAGAGUACAAACGAGGUAGAAAGGGAACACCACUGCGACUGUUCACAGAUUUCAUCACUGGUAUCGGAGACGUGGCGUCUGAAGCAGUGGCCUAUUCAUUGACGACCAAUGACACAGCACGGCAUUCGAGAGUAAAACCCGCCAGGAAGAACGAAUUUCUGCACGUACAUGAUUCUGCGUCGAAGUGCGACGAUCGAACGUUCACAGGAAAAGCUAACAAACCUUGUUGGAUCUGCAAUCGAACAGAUCAUCUGAUAAGGUUCUGCGAGGACUUCAGGAGGAUGAACGUGGGAGAACGGCUGAAAGCUGUAGAAAAGCAGAAGCUGUGCGGUGUCUGUCUCAAUAAGCACGGCGACAAUGCAUGUGGGUCGAAGGCACGGUGUACCGUGAAGAAUUGCAAAGGCAAUCAUCACACACUUCUGCAUCGUGUAGAGGAAUCUGUUCAGCUACAGAGAGUGGAGUGUAAUACUCACGGAGGCCUAGAUCGUUCGGUCAUCUUUCGCAUGGCACCUAUAUCGUUGUACGCGGGAAAUAAGCGAUACGAUACACUGGCAUUUUUGGACGAGGGUUCAUCUACAACCCUGGUAAACGAGGCUGUGGCAGACCGACUGAAGGCGGAAGGAGAAACAGAGCCACUCAUUGUGACUUGGACUGGGAACAUCAAUCGGUUCGAAAAUAACUCCCGGAAAGUUGAAUUGACGCUGUCGGUAAAAGGCUCAAAGGAAAAGAUUCCGCUGGAGAACGUUCGCACUGUGUCGGAACUUUUGCUUCCGAAACAGCAUAUGCGUUUCGCUGAUGUUGCGAAGCAAUAUCCGCACUUAGCAGGGUUGCCGGUAAGAGAUCAUCCAACCGGACAAGCAGCGAUACUUAUCGGUUUGGAUAACCUGCAUUUGUUUGCGCCGCUGGAGUCACGAGUCGGUAAGCAAAACGAACCGAUUGCCGUGCGAUCGAGAAUUGGAUGGACGGUAUACGGCCCUGAAAAGCGUAAGCCGAGCGCAAGUACGUUCCUCAAUUUGCACACAGUGUCGCCAGUGAGCAAUCAAGAUUUGCAUGAUUUGAUGCGAAAUCAGUACAUUUUGGACGAAGCAGUUGUUUCAUCGUUUCCCAUACCCGAGCCGAAGGAAGAACAACGGGCGAAAGCGAUAUUACGAGCGACAACAAAACGGUUAGGAGAACGAUUCGAAACCGGGCUGCUGUGGCGUGAAGACGAACGCCGAUUUCCCGACAAUUAUGCGAUGGCAUUACGGAGGAUGAAGGCACUCGAACGAAAGCUUGAAAGAGAUCCAGCUUUAAAGGAGAAUGUUUGUCAGCAGAUCGUGGACUAUCAGGAGAAGGGUUACGCGCAUAGGAUAACUAAGGUAGAACUUACGCAGACGCCUAGCUCGGCGGUCUGGUAUCUGCCAUUGAAUGCAGUUGUGAAUCCACGUAAACCAGGGAAAGUGCGCCUGGUGUGGGACGCAGCCGCGUCGGUAAGAGGAAUAUCACUGAACACAGAACUGUUAAAGGGUCCAGAUAUGCUUAUACCCCUUCCCAGGGUUAUUUGCCGCUUUCGUGAACGUCCGGUGGCGUUUGGCGGAGAUAUCCAAGAAAUGUACCACCAGAUUCGAAUCCGAUCUGAAGACAAACAGGCGCAACGCUUCUUGUUCAGGUCCAACUCAGCAGAAACACCCCAGGUGUACGUAAUGGACGUGGCCACCUUCGGAUCCACGUGCUCGCCCUGCUCCGCGCAAUAUGUUAAAAAUUUGAACGCGGAACAGUUUUCAGGACAGUUUCCUGAAGCGGCGAUUGCGGUUAGCGAAAAGCACUACGUAGAUGAUUACUACGACAGCGUGGACACAGUGGAAGAAGCGAUGCAGCGAGCCAAAGAAGUGAAAUAUAUUCACUCUCAAGGAGGCUUCCAUAUCAGGAACUGGGUUUCGAGCUCCCAUGAAUUUCUCGAAGCGAUGGGCGAGCGGAAUACGAAUGAUGCAGUUCAUUUCAACCGGGACAAGAGUGCGGAGUAUGAGCGCGUGCUGGGUAUUGUUUGGGAGCCGGUUGAGGAUUCAUUUUGUUUCGCUUCCGUGUCUACUGCAGCGUUUCGGUCAGUUUUAGAUGGCGACGAACGCCCAACGAAAAGGAGUGUCCUUAGCUUCGUAAUGGCACAAUUUGAUCCAACGGGACUCAUCUCUCCAAUAACUGUGCGCGGAAAGAUGCUGAUCCAAGAUCUCUGGCGUACCGGUUGUGACUGGGAUACGAAAAUUGAUGCGGAAUCGUUCGAUAAAUGGCGUCGGUGGAUCGGUAUGAUGCGAAACAUCAAAUCCUUCAAGAUAUCGCGGAGUUAUUUUGGAGACGCUAAAUCGACAGAGAUACAGGAGUUAGAGCUGCAUAUUAUGGCAGACGCAAGCGAGAAAGCAUAUGGAUGUGUGGCAUACUUUCGGGCAGUCGUAAGAGGUGAAGUGCGGUGCGCACUGGUUAUGAGCCGUUCUAAAGUGGCCCCGUUGAAACAGGUAUCCAUUCCCCGUCUUGAGCUCCUGGCGGCAGUUCUUGCUGCACGACUGUCGAGAACUGUUAUCGAGAACCACAGCCUAGUCGUCGGCCGAGUGGUAUUCUGGGUGGAUGCUAGUGUGGUGCUCUCGUGGAUUCGCUCCGAUCAACGCCGAUAUAAACAAUUCGUCGGAUUCAGGAUCGGCGAAAUUCUCAGCCUAACGAAAUUGACUGAAUGGCGCUGGGUGCCUACCAGGAUGAACGUAGCGGAUCAGCUAACGAAGUGGGGCAAAGAUCCAGAAAUGCAUCCUGGAAGUGCGUGGGUUCGUGGGCCCUCCUUUCUAUACGAAAAUGAGGAGAAGUGGCCGAAGAAAGAAUUACCCCCCUCAAACACGACGGAAGAGCUACGCAUUCAUCUGUUGUUGCACAAUGUGAAGGUACAGACGAUUCUCAUAGACGCGGGGCGCAUUUCCAAAUGGACCGUGCUCGUGCGAACGAUGGCGUGCGUUUUUCGGUUUAUCUCGAACUGUAGACGAAAGUGCAAAGGACUGCCGAUUAAAACGCUGAAACCGACGAAGCUGCAAGCAAAGAUGUUGAAGCAAAAUGCGGUAGUUUGUACUAUUGUUCCAUUGCAGCAAGAAGAGUAUGAUAUGGCCGAAAAAUGUCUGCUGCGUAUGGCUCAGGCAGAGAGUUUUAUUGAUGAACUAAAGUUGUUGAAACGGAACGAAAACCGCCCAGUAAGUCAGUGGCUCGAAAUCGAUAAAUCUAGUCCUCUUAGAAAGCUCACUCCGUUAAUCGAUGAGGCUGGCUUGAUUCGUAUGGAGGGACGAUGUGCGCAGGCCGAGGAUCUUCCAUUCGAUCUUCGAUUUCCUGUCAUUUUACCGGAUGAUUCCAGGAUCACCAAUCUGAUCGUCCAGCACGUUCACGAAAAGUGUGGCCAUGGAUACAGACAAACGGUAAAGAACAAACUGAGACAACUGUUUCAUAUCAUUCAUAUGGAUGCAGUGGUAAAGAAGGUAUCAUCGGCUUGCAUGUGGUGUAAGGUUAAUCGCAAUCGUCCGCGAGUUCCCCGAGAAGCACCGUUGCCGGUGCAACGUUUAACACCAAGUCUUCGUCCAUUUAGUUUUGUUGGAGUAGACUACAUGGGACCGUUCGAAGUGACCGUGGGACGCAGAAGAGAGAAACGGUGGAUAGCACUAUUCACCUGCCUGGUUACGCGGGCGGUGCACCUUGAGGUUGUGCAUGGACUGACAACACAAUCGUGCUUGAUGGCGAUAAAUCGUUUCAUUGGACGACGAGAUUGGCCAAUAGAGUUUCUGUCGGAUAACGGGACCAAUUUCCAAGGGGCAAGCAAAGAGCUGGCGGCACUCAUUAAGGACAUCGAGUUUGAUUGUGCGGACGAGUACACAAACGCUAAAACGAAAUGGACGUUCAAUCCUCCCGCUUCACCCCACAUGGGAGGUGUGUGGGAACGCUUAGUCCGCUCGGUAAAGGAGGCACUGAAAUCGUUACAUGAUGGCAGGCGACUUACGGAUGAAAUCCUUCAGACGGUGAUUGUGGAAGCCGAGGACAUGAUAAACUCCCGACCUCUCGCAUAUACGUCUCAGGAGUCUGAGGAAGCAGAAGCUUUGACUCCAAACCAUUUCUUGCGUGGCCCCCCCUCGAAGCGACAAGACGUAGGUAUUCCGCCGGCAAAUCCUAGUGAAGCUCUGCGGGAUGCGUACAAACGAUCACAACAGUUGGCUGGUGAGAUGUGGCAGCGUUGGAUUAGAGAAUACGUCCCCACUCUGAACCAACGCACCAAAUGGUUUGGUGAAACGAAACCGUUGAAGGCGGGUGACCUGGUCUACAUCGUCGAGGGAAACAACCGAAAGUGUUGGGUUAGAGGAAUAGUAGAGGAGCCUAUCAUAUCCAGAGAUGGUCGCAUUCGACAAGCAUGGGUGCGUACGCGAACUAAGCGCUACAAGCGUGCAGUAGCGAACUUGGCUGUGCUGGAGUUAGAAGUAGGUAACACCGAACCGAAAGUAACUUCCGGACCUGGGUUACGGGCCGGGGAAUAUGUUGGGAACACUGCCAACCUGCUACCAAGCGAUGCGUAAAAUACCACAGGGAUCGAGGUGACAGGAAGGAACGUCAAGGUAGUAGAGUAAAUAAAUAUCGAAGUUGUCAUAGAGAGAUAACAGGAAGGAGAAGAAAAAAGUAAAGGUUAAAGCGAAAGAUUGUUUAAUAAAGUUAAGAUAAAUUCAGUUGAAAAGCGAAGUGUUUGUUGGAAAAAUUCUAAUAAAGUAAGGAAGCGGAGUCAGUGCAGGUUGUUUCUGACAGGCACCUAUCGAUUGAUAGUUAAAAAUCAACAAACAAGUAAGGGAAAGUUAUGAUCACGAAAUACCACUCAUAACACGUUAAAAUUAUACAGCUCUAGUGGACGGAAGGACUGUCUGAGACGAUUCGAGAAUUAAAGUCGAGAGACAUUAAGUCUGUGGAAUAUUCGGACAGAGCACAAUUAAAAUCCGUGAGUUGCGAGAGAAGCAUUGUUUGAAAUUUUAAACUAAGGUACUAAAUAAUCGAACACUAUCCAGGUACGAACUACAACUACAUCGAAAGUUAGGUUAGCACGAGUACAGUCAGUAGGACGAAAACGUGUAACGCUAAUCGUGAGUAAACGCAAAUGAAAUUACUAGAUACAACAUAUUAAAAUAACAUAAAAUAUUGGCUAGGGUGGUUAAUUUAACAUCAAAUUAAACAAUCAUAAAUCAGGAGUAUUUGGAAGAGUUAAAAAUACACGAAACACUAAUUGUAAGUAGUAAAACCAUUUAACUAUAAUGUCUCGAUAAAUUGUAACCAAAAUUUUAAAUACAAUUUAGCUUUGAUCGGCUAGUUAAACGUCGAUUGUCAAGGAGGUUUCAUUG